AGGUAGACGGUCUCAGGCUCUCGAGGCAGCGAAGGACUGCGGGCGGGCUGGACAUUCCGUGUUUCCUCGUUUGCAGGAGCAGCGCAUUUGGACAGCCCCUGGAGUCUCGCGAUGGCUUCGCAGCCUUCGGAUGUCUCUUUGCUGUUCGCUGCUGCACUGGUACUGUGGUCGGCGUUCCUGGUUCACCAUGAGGGUGCCGUCGCUGCCGCUAGCGAUCGUCCGACAGCGUCCGACCACACUCCGUCAGCAUUGUUCCAGGCUCCAGGUUCGCUCGACAUCGAUAUUGUAACUCGAUCGUUCGAGUCUCCAGUUCAUUCCAGCCCUCGGUCCGAGGUUGUGUUGGACAGUUCUCCGGCGGCGAGGCACAGCAAGAAGAAGAAGGGUGUGCGCCAUCAGCGACUUUAUAUUCAAUCGCCCGUGCAGUCAUCUCCCGCGGAUUCAAGUCCCAAUCGCCUUGAAUCCCCAAUCCAGAAUUCGCCUGCCUAUCAACAGAUGCAGCGACCGAGUCCUCUGUCCGAUCUGAGCCAAGUCCAAAGCUCUCCGUCUACCACAUCUCCAGUAAAAUCUGCACCUCUGUCAAAAUGGGACAACGCUCCUGUAGAUUCUGCUCCAUCUUCCGCAGUCAGGACGUUAGAGCAUGGAGUGUCCCCGUCCGAGGUCCUCGAGUCUCCGAUGCAGUCCACUCCUCAGCUCGAGUUGAACAAUGUGCCAGCACAGUCCUCUCCAUCUGAGCAUGGUGGAUCUCCAGUCGGAGUGGAGGAAAGGAGUGCUCCGAUUUCAUCUUCUUCUGCUUCCAAUUCCCGCCAUCCAUUACCUCGGUUGCACACUGGUCGUCAGUCCGGAAGCAGCAAGUCUCCAGUGCAUGGAAGUCCUGCAUCUGAGCUCAGUGUCAAUCCUGGAGUGAAGUCCUCGCCUCAGCCGGAUGUGAGCAGCUCUCCAGUGCGGUUGACUCCAGCUCGGAAUGAGUUGAGCGGUGUUCCAGUGCAUUCGGCUCCUCAGACUGACAGAAGCAGCUCGCCGCGGCAUUCCUCUCCUCAGUCGGACUUGGGUAGUAUCCCAGAGCUGUCUAGUCCCGGUGUCAAGUUCGGCGCAUCUCCAGUUGAUUGCACUCUUGCACCGAGCUUCGAAUCCCCACUUCAGUCGACUGACGUGCCUGCUUUGGAGAAAAAUGCACCACUGUACUCGUCUCCAGUGCACUCGACCUCCAAUCUUGCAGUCGAAUACUCUUCAGAGGAAUCCACUCCCACUCGCUCGACUUCUCUAGGGAAUAGUUCUCCCUUAGUCUCCGCUCCCGAUCUCGAGCUCGAGCUCGAAAGCUCUCCAGUGGAAUCUACUCCAACGACCUCUGAGUCAUACAGUUCCCCGGUGGACUCCACCCAAGUUCAUUCUACUCCUCAGCUGAAGAAUUCUCCCCUGGACUCCACUCCCGUCGUCAAGUACAGCGAAUAUACUCCUCAGUCCGAUAGUUCUCCAGUCAAAUCCACUCCUCAGCUGAACAACUCCCCACUGAAAUCCACGCCAGCCCUCCAGGUCAGAAGUUCUGCUGUGGGCUCUACACCACUGCGUUCGACUCCGCAGCAGGAUUCUCCAGUUUCCUCAAUUCCUGGGUCUUAUUUGCGCGGUUCUCGACAGCACGAUAUCUCUGCAGUGCAUCGUAUCACCGUCGAUAGUCCUUCCCGAUUUACAAUGUAGAGUGAUUUUGGCUCAUCAAAGGUGAUUGAUUGCCAACACAGCUGCCUCACAGCAGGUGGAGGUAGACGAGAUGUACUCUGAAGUCAUCAAAAAUUUUGCAACUUGUAGAUUUGCCAGCGAUACUUGCGUCAAUGAAUCUGGAUGCUUCAGCGUAUAAGCCUGUCUUGAACAAGUCAAUUACAGUAAUUAGAUCUGCCUCAAACAAUUUCAUUGCA